AUGCCUUCACCAGAAAGCUUCCCUCUUCCUCGUCUCCCUUCUCCUCUUCCUCUUCCUCGUCAUCUUCCAGAAUGGACCUCCGUCAAGGAGACGAUCCGCCACCUUUACGUCGAAAACGGUCUCUCUAUCAAAGAGCUGAUGCAGACCAUGGAAGCGGAGCACUCUUUCAGAGCAACUCGGAAGCAGUACCUGAGCAGACUCGUCAAAUGGGGCUUCAACCGCAACAUCAAGGCUGAGACCAUGACCAAAAUUGCCCUUAUUCGAGAGCGAAGAAGACGAUUGGACGGGAUGCCUACCGUCUUUACAUACAACGGGCUGAUAGUCGACGACCGGAAAAUUGAACGUUUCAUCCGAGAAAAAAUUGGAAGAAGUCAACUUGAACGCAUGAACGUCGAUGAUGUGUCGACACCCACUGGCGUCACGUAUGAAACCCCUCGUGCCAUGGCCAACGAGGAUGUUGGCGAGAACGUGGACGAGGAGCCACUUAAUGGGGAACGCCAGAAGACUGAGAUGCCGCGUGCAAUAACAUGGGCACUUGGUGCACUGAGGCCUCUACGAUACGAAGAACUCGCAACAGCCUGUGGUAUCAUGGGUGAUAAGAAGAAAGAGAUUAAUUCAGAAAGUAAUAUCCCUUCCUGGACUCGCGGUGUCUUCGAGACAGGUGAAGAUGGCUUCAUAAGGCAAACGUCCCGUGCUCCCGAUAUAUUAGCCCAGUUCACCCCCACCGAUGCCGCCGAUAACUUAAUAUUGGAAACCAUUCUUAAGGGGAUCACUGAUGACAAGAAGAAUUUCAGACUUCUGUAUGAGUGUGGAAUCGUCUUUGAAAGAUUUAAAUCCGAAGCCCCGGAAGCCCUAACAUCCGAGCCCUGGUGGUACUUCAUGGAAUACCAAACACUCUACUGGCCAUCGCAUUUAUGUAGACUCAGCCACGAAUUAAAGCCCACGGAAGAAUCAGCAUUAAAUGAUUUGAUAAGAGCCCCUAUUUGUGUAGGAUGGAUUGAAGCUCUUGCUUUGUUUACCAAGGAAAGUUUUGGAGUUGUUCUUAGCCGGAUACUACAUAUUGUACUGGCUUUCUGCAAUGGAAACGGGCCCUCUCACCUCAAGCCUAGCACUAUUUCUGCAUUGCGAGCCUGGGCAAAGUCUUGCCAACAUCUUGUUCAUGACUGGAGGGAGAUACUCUCAAAAUGGCCUGGUGAAAUCCACUACAUCCAAUCUGCGUUUUUACCAAAGGACAACAUCUUCCAGAAUCACAAAAACAGCAGCCUUCAGUACGUUUUGCCCGAUUACAAUCUGCCUAAGCCUAAUAUGGAAAUGUCAUUCUUUGAGAAAAUGAGUGUGGAAAGCUCAUUGUUGGAGGAAAUAGGUGCGUGGGGUAUAUUGAUGGAGGAAAUGAGUGAGUGGAGUGCAUUGAUUGAGGUUGAUUAUUCUGCUCGACGCAUUUAUUAUGCAUACCCGCAUUAUGGUAUGGUAUCUCUGUCAGAGCGCCCGUGGAAAAUCUGUUGUAUCUCCAUGGAUACCGGGUUAACGAUCGCAGAAUACCGAGGAAAGACUACUUUUGGGGACCAAAGGAAUGAAAGGAGUUCUACGGAGGCCAUCAAAGCCCAACUAGCCAUCAGUCCCGACGGCAGAUACCUAGCCUAUGAGGAACUGGUUGACUGUCGCCCAAGUAUGACCGAUGUUCGAGUCUUUACAUACUUUUGGAAUAUACAGCCUACAGUUACUCUAGAUGGUGACGUCUUUGGCCAGUGUUUUCAGUUAAAUAGGGGCGCCCGCGGCCCCUCCUUUUACUUUGGAAGAACACUUGGCUUCGAUAAGGAUGCCAAUCUGGUUCAUGCCUGUGGGGUUUAUAGCGUGAAGACCCGGGCCAGCGUUCACUCUCUAUUCACUACGGAUUUCUUGCUGGAGAUAAAGUCCGCAAUAAUCUCAAGAGACCGGACUGUAACAGCGUUUGCACUAUUCAAGGAUUCAGAGCGCAAGAAGAUUAAUAUUUGGAUCCGCGAUAAUUUCCGGACUGAUGUCCAGAUGCAUUGCGUGUAUAAUGGGAUUGCGUGCCUUCUAGAUAUAAGUACUUCCGGCCGUUUAUUAGCGUUGUUAGAGUCGCCAGAAGCGUUCGACGAGGAUGAAGAGUCCACAUACAAUCUAGUUGUGCUAGAAAUCACAUCCGGUAAUAGAAAUAUCCUACACUCGUUUACGAUCCCGACCCAUAUCCCGAAAUCCAAAAAUAACCAUAAUGCUCUGUUUAAAGCCUUCUUUGGGGACAACGAAAAAGAGCCCGUGCUAUUUGUGUCUGAUAAAGUUGAGAGCGUGGGUCGAGUGUGGCGGAAAUCACGCUGGGGCUGGAAGCGCAUUGGAGAUCCUCGCGUUAAAGGUGCGCGAGUUGAACCUGCUUUUCAGCCUCUGAAGUUCAGUGAUGAUGGCACUGAAGUCGUUGGGAUUCACAAAUGGGGCGUUUGCUCGAUUGAUGCCCACAAUCAUUAUAAGAUCCCUCUGUCCAUGGAAGAGGUGGAUGAUGACUUGGAAGUAGUCAACGUUAUGGAAAGCUCUUGGGGGGGUCACUAUUUGUAUUGUGUCGAUACGGAGAAGCGCUGUGAGGAGACUUUUAAGAUUGCGGGUUGGCAGUUAGAUCUGAACUCGAAUCCCCCUAUAAAGGAAGACUUUUAUUUCUUUUCUCCAACAUCCCUACUGUCAAUUUCAUUACCAUGGAUACCCACGCCAGGAAAAUAUAUAAAUUACCGCACAAGGGGUGCUGAUAUGGCAUAUUCCUCGCAGAUUGUUUUCAAUAAUGAUCCGGAUAAUACCUCAGAGCACGAUCUUGAAUAUCGCUUUACGAAUAGAUGCAUAGUUUGUGUGUCUGCGGAUGGACGAUAUAAACUCGCAUACUUCCCGGAAUCGAGUGAUAACCUGGUACAGUUUGAUAUACUUGGAGAUGGAGAAUCAAAUAAUUGCCUUCGAUCAUAUAUAUUCCACUGUCAAUACGAUACUAAACUAAACGGCGGCGGGUUCUAUAAUCCUCCAUCAUUACGCCUUCAAGGCUCGUUCCACCCAACCCUUCCCAUUGUAUUGUGGACAAUUCCACUCUUGGGACUAGGGUUUUGGAUUUCUGACCUUCGAAGCGAUAGCAGGCCGAUAUUUAUCGAUGACGUUGCUUUUGCAGCUAAAAAGCCGUCAUUUUCUCAAUGCGGCCGCUACCUUUUGGCUUUUUAUGAUGAAUCCUCUUGCAGCCGAAGCCCUCCAGCCCCUGGGAAGCCAGAAAUGGGUGUUUUUGUCGUCGAUUUCAAGGAAGGGGUAAAAUGCAAAUAUCUAUGGCCUCCUGGGAUAAUGAAUUACCACAGCGCCUAUGCCUUUUCUCAUAAUGAUGAGGUCUUUGUCGUUGGAUUCAAUAACGAUACACUUCUCAUUUCCCUGAGGCUAGCAGUAUCUGAGGACAACAUACCUCGGCUGCAAUACCUCAUGGCCUUUCCAUCUUCGCAUUCCCGCCUUGAAAGAGUACGGCGGUGUGGCAUCAUACAUGGCGGUUUCAAUGUUAUAAUAACAGAUAUUUGUGAAAAAGAGGCAAGUGCAGCUCUCUUGGAUUUUUCACCUCAAGAACUCCACCCCAAUGAUGCCCAAAUUAACCCCAAUAUCCCACAGGCUGUUGUCAUCCGUACUUCCCAUGAUGACUGGAAAGAUACCAACUUUAGGAUUAGUGGGAUCAGUAGGGUCUGUCAACGCGGGGGGCCAAUCAUAGAAGCAAAUGAACCGCUCCGGGCUCCUCCUUUCGCGAAUCCACGGAGCGACAAAAUGGCAUGGGUGCUAAAGCCUUCGGCGAUGAAGCACCUAAUCCAACGCUGGCAACUGAUGGAUAACGAACGGCACGUUCUCUUAGAGAGGGAGUACUAUGACAUAUAG